UAGGCAGUGAAAAAACUUUGCUUUACUUAGGAAUAAUAGAAAAUCGCUGCCAAGAAUUGUUGUCUGAUUGAAAAAGUUAAGAAAAUUACAUAUAGUAUGUCCAAUAGCAAUACGGACACCGGUGAUACCGUGCUAUCGAAUGAUAAUCCCUGCCUGACACAGUCGCCGCUGCUAACGCCACAGAACGAGCAACCACCUCCUGUGGUCAGAGGCAAACUCUUGAGCAAUAUAGAGCCAAUUGAAGUGGUCACAUUGAUAAGUGAUGAUUCCGAUACAGAGCCUUCGCCUAAGCGUAAAACUCCAGGACCAAAUCUGAGCAACAGCAUUGGUGGCGGUAGCGGAAUCAAAAAAUAUGCUGGAGAUGAUGAUUCCAAUGAUGCACACAACGAUGAAAGACGUAUGAGUCGGCGCAUUAAACCCAGAGUAGAUUAUACAAAUAAAUCGAAUACAGCAUCUGUCAAUGUGGAUGAAAAGCCAUCAACCCCUUCGGGAGGACAUUCAUCUAACAUCAAUGUACAUACUAGUACUGAAAAGAAGUCGGAUUCCAAAACCAGAAAAUCGGAAGCUCUUAAAAGUCCCUAUGCCAAAGAUAUAACAGAUCCCCGUGAGGCGGCAGCUGCUGCGGCAGAGGCCUAUAAAGAGAUUUUAACAGGUUUGGAAGGUGCUGCAUUUCAAUCUCGACUGCCAUUCGAUAAAAUGACCUCGAAUGAGGCAGCUUGUUUUCCUGACAUCACCAAAACUGGUUUGGUGGCCCAACGUGUGUUCCUUAAUAUUAGAAAUCGUUUACUACAAAUGUGGAUAGAGAAUCCCAAACAGCAAUUGAUUUUGGAAAAUGCUCUUAAAGACAUGGAACCUCCCUUUGACAGCGAUCCCAAUUUGGUUAAACGUAUCCAUUCCUUUCUCGAACGCCAUGGCUUCAUUAAUUUUGGCAUUUUCAAACGCCUUCGGCCAAUACCUAGCAAGAAAUUGGGAAAAGUAAUUGUUAUAGGAGCUGGUAUUUCGGGUUUAGCUGCAGCCCAACAAUUGCAACAGUUUGGUAUGGACGUUAUUGUUUUGGAGGCACGAGAUCGAGUUGGUGGACGCAUUGCCACUUUCCGCAAGAAUAAUUACAUAGCCGAUUUGGGCGCAAUGGUUGUGACUGGUGUCUGGGGCAAUCCCAUGACCAUAUUGAGCAAGCAAAUUGGCAUGGAAAUGAUUCCUAUACGUCAGGCAUGCCCCCUAUAUGGAGCAGGAGGUAAACCAGUGCCAAAACACAAAGACGAUAUGGUGGAACGAGAGUUUAACCGAUUACUGGAAUCGGCCAGUUAUUUGUCUCAUCAACUUGACUUUAACUACGCCGGCAACAAUCCUGUAUCUCUUGGUCAGGCUCUCGAGUGGAUUAUUAAACUUCAAGAAAAGUCAGUGAAAGAGAAGCAGGCACAGUAUUUGAGACAGCUAUGUGAAGCCCAAAAAGCCAUUAUUGACAAUCAAACAAAGACUUCUAGAGUUUUAAGUAAAAUUCGCCAGCUUGGAAGUCUGCAUGCCAAGCUGCUGCGUUCUCGUCCACAGCGCGUAGAGGGCGACAACACAUUUGCCGAACAUGAAUUUGAGAUUCGUUCCACGAACUAUGAAUGGACUAAAGCCUCCAAACUGUACGAUGACCUGACGAAGGAGGAAGAGAUUUUACAAAAUAAACUCAAGGAAUUAGAAACGAACCCACCUAGUGAUGUAUAUUUAUCAUCGAAAGAUCGUCAAAUUUUAGACUGGCAUUUUGCUAAUUUAGAAUUUGCCAAUGCCACCCCAUUGUGCAAUCUCUCACUGAAGCAUUGGGAUCAGGAUGAUGACUUUGAAUUUAUAGGCAAUCACACCACAGUACGUAAUGGUUACUCCUGCGUGCCUAUUGCUUUGACUGAAGGUCUAGACAUACGCGUUAAUACCGCCGUAAAAGCUAUAAAAUAUUUUCCUACUGGUGUUGAAAUUGUUACGGAAAAUUUAAAAACUAACAAUUCCCUAGUGACCUAUAAAGCAGAUUUGGUUUUGUGUACCCUCACAUUGGGCGUUCUCAAAAUAGCCACCGCUAAGGUACAAUCCCAACAGUCCAAUACUGUCAAAUUUGACCCGCCACUGCCAGACUGGAAACAGCAAGCCAUUCAACGCCUAGGUUUUGGAAAUCUAAACAAAGUUGUUUUAUGUUUUGAUCGUAUAUUCUGGGACCCUAAUACGAAUCUAUUUGGCCAUGUGGGCAGCACAACUGCCAGCAGAGGAGAAUUAUUCUUGUUUUGGAGCAUAUCCUCAUCUCCGGUUUUGCUGGCCCUGGUGGCUGGUCGCUCUGCGGCAAUAAUGGAAAAUGUUUCGGAUGAUGUCAUUGUGGGAAGGUGCAUUGCUGUACUUAAGGGUAUUUUCGGCAACGGUUCUGUACCCCAACCCAAAGAGACUGUGGUGACACGAUGGCGUGCAGAUCCCUGGGCUAGAGGUUCUUAUAGCUUCGUAUCUGUGGGAUCUUCUGGCAGCGAUUAUGACCUUUUAGCCGCCCCUGUUAUACCACCGAACCCGCAUAAUCCCAAACCAAAUCAAGAAUUGGAUGAACUGCCAAGACUAUUCUUUGCAGGCGAACAUACCAUACGAAAUUAUCCCGCCACUGUACAUGGUGCUUUUCUAAGUGGUUUACGAGAAGCUGGACGUAUUGCAGACUACUAUUUGGGUUAUCCCGAAGGCACACCCAACGAUAUUGGCUACUCGGUGGUGGAAGCUGCCAACACUGCUUCUGUGGGCGAUACAGUAGACUUAGUUGAUAUAGCUCAUUCAUCAGACUCGUUUUCUAAGACUUCGGAUGACAAAUCCAAUCCUGCCGAUUCCAAUGAGUGAGAUUCUCUAUUACAUGCAUAGACAUUUCACACUUUCCUGCUACAUUUUUUGUAAUGUGUUCCAUCAACACUUAAAAGUUUAUGGACGAUUUUGUUAAUAUAGUUUUUAGUUUAUCUCCUACUCCAUGCCACUUGCUCGUAAUAUAAGUUCUUAAUUUUUCUAAUUUUCAUUUAGAUGUCACUUUGUCAUUUCUUCAUGGGAAUUCGCAAAAAUAACUAAAUAUCAUACCUAUCUAUUAUUAAAUAUUGUAAUGUACAUAAUACAUACCUACAUAGAAAGAUAUAUUGGCGACGAAACCAGGUUUCGAGGAAUUUUAAUUUUUAAACCGAUCGGUAACAUUGAUUUCACAAUGCAAAUGAAAAAUUUUUUUUAAUGUAACCAUUUCAAACACACACACAUACACACACUACUGUCCACCGGACCAGGUAAAUAAAAUACAUAAGCAUUUUUAAACAACAA